GUGCUGGCGGCGGGGCCGCCCAAUCCGCGCGGGGCCGGCCCCUGUGAUUGGCAGCGGCGGGCGGAGGGUGGGGGCGAGCCCGUCUCGCUUACUCUGCCUUCGCGGAUAGUUUCCCAGCGGGGGCGGCCGGGGUUGGCUCUGCCCUCGGCGCUCCCGGCAUUUCCCCCCUCGGGGCUGUUGCCGAGCAUUGAGCCGGGGGAGGCGGCGGCGGCGGUACAAGCAGCAGUAGAAGAGAGCGAGGGAAGCGGCCACAUGAAUCAGUUUCUCUCUGUAUCCGGCUCCGGGCAGAGGCGGCAACCAUAACGGGGAGGAAGGGAGAGGGGAGAAAAGCGGCUACUGCAGCAGCGGCGGCAGCAGGGGGCCUCCCUCCCCUUGCCACCUUGCCACCGAGGUGCCGAAGGACUGGUGCUCGCCGAGACGCCACCGAGACGUUUGUCCCCCCGCCUCCUGGAGCUACGCGGCCUCGGCUGCCGAAUGUGCAGAGCGGAGAGACUUUGGCUCAAAAUCCCCCGCUCAUAGACACAGAAAGCGGAAGAGGAGCCACCGCCGAGCAGCUGCAGGAGGGGAGGGGGACGGCAACAUUGUUUCUGCUGUAGUCGGGGAGGCUGAUGGCGGAGUUUGGCAGCGGUGGCGGCACCGGCGGCGGGGGGCUCCCGUCCUCCCAGGGGCCGGUCCAAGGGAAGGUGGCCUUCAAGGCAGGAGAUGGGGAAGGAGGAGGAGGAGGUGGCGGCGGCGGCGGGAGAUCCCGCUUCGAUAGUGCGGGCAGCCGGGUCUCCAACGGGGACUGUGCCCUAGCGGGAGCUGCUGAGGAGCCGGGAUCGGCUCCUCCUGCAAGCCCGGAGAGCAGCAGCAAAGAGAAAGGAUUUUCCACCAGUCAACAACGAGAAGGCAAACCCGGCAUCCCCCGGAGGAGCAGCAUAAUUAAGGAUGGUACGAAACAGAAGCGAGAACGGAAGAAGACUGUGUCAUUUAGCAGCAUGCCAACUGAGAAGAAGAUCAGCAGUGCGAGUGACUGUAUCAAUGCCAUGGUUGAAGGCUCUGAGCUCAAAAAGAUUCGCUCCAACUCCAGGGUGUAUCACCGAUACUUCCUUCUAGAUGCAGAUAUGCAGUCUCUCCGCUGGGAGCCUUCGAAAAAGGAUUCUGAGAAAGCAAAGAUUGAUAUUAAAUCAAUCAAAGAAGUGAGAACAGGGAAAAAUACAGAUAUUUUUCGCAGCAAUGGAAUAUAUGACCAGAUCUCAGAAGACUGUGCGUUUUCAAUUAUAUAUGGAGAAAACUAUGAGUCACUAGAUCUUGUUGCUAACUCCGCAGACAUUGCAAACGUUUGGGUUACUGGCUUAAGAUACCUGAUUUCUUAUGGCAAACAUACUCUAGACAUGAUAGAAAGUACUCAAGACAAUAUGCGGACUUCAUGGCUUUCCCAAAUGUUCAGUGAAUCUGAUGUAGAAAAUUCAGGACAUAUACCCCUGUGUAAUGCUGUACAGUUUAUAAAGGACUUAAAUCCCGGAUUAAAAACUAACAAAAUUGAACUGAAGUUCAAGGAGUUACAUAGAUCCAAGGAAAAAACUGAUACCGAAGUCACAAAAGAGGAGUUUAUCGAAGUGUUUCAUGAGCUUUGCACCAGACCUGAAAUCUAUUUCUUGUUGGUUCAGUUCUCAAGCAAUAAAGAGUUCCUAGACACCAAGGACCUCAUGAUGUUUUUAGAAGCAGAACAGGGUAUGGCACACGUCACGGACGAAAUAAGCCUCGGCAUUAUUCAGAAAUACGAGCCAGCCAAAGAGGGCCAGGAGAAGGGCUGCCUUUCUAUAGACGGGUUCACAAACUACCUUACGUCACCGGACUGCCACAUAUUUGAUCCGGAGCACAAGAAGGUUUGCCAAGACAUGAAACAGCCUUUGUCUCAUUAUUUUAUAAACUCAUCCCAUAACACGUACUUGAUAGAGGAUCAGUUUCGCGGGCCCUCGGACAUCACCGGUUACAUCCGCGCUCUCAAGAUGGGCUGCCGGAGCGUGGAGCUGGACGUGUGGGACGGGCCGGAUAACGAGCCGGUGAUUUACACGGGGCACACGAUGACCUCGCAGAUCGUCUUCCGCAGCGUGAUUGACAUUAUUAACAAGUACGCGUUUUUCGCUUCGGAGUACCCUCUCAUUUUGUGCUUAGAAAACCAUUGUUCUAUUAAGCAGCAGAAAGUGAUGGUGCAACACAUGAAGAAAAUUUUGGGGGACAAACUGCAUACGCAGUCUCCGAACGUUGAAGAGUCUUAUCUUCCAUCCCCGGAAUCACUGAAAGGGAAAAUACUAAUUAAAGCAAAGAAGCUUUCCUCUAAUUGCUCUGGUCUAGAGGGGGACGUUACAGAUGAAGAUGAAGGAGCAGAAAUGUCACAGAGGGUGGGGAAAGAGGGCCUCGAACAGCAAAACUCGAUGACGGGGAAACGAUUCCAGCUCUGCAAAGAGCUCUCUGAGUUGGUAAGCAUAUGUAAAUCUGUUCAGUUCAAAGAAUUUCAAGUUUCCUUUCAGCUCCAGAAGUACUGGGAAGUGUGCUCGUUCAACGAAGUGCUCGCUAGCAAAUAUGCCAAUGAAAACCCAGGAGACUUCGUGAAUUACAACAAGCGGUUCCUUGCGAGAGUUUUCCCCAGUCCUAUGAGGAUUGAUUCCAGCAAUAUGAAUCCCCAGGACUUUUGGAAGUGUGGUUGUCAGAUCGUAGCAAUGAACUUCCAAACCCCUGGCUUGAUGAUGGAUCUUAACAUUGGUUGGUUUCGACAAAAUGGAAACUGUGGCUAUGUCCUUCGCCCUGCCAUCAUGAGAGAGGAAGUGUCCUUCUUCAGUGCAAAUACAAAAGACACUGUGCCUGGAGUGUCACCUCAGCUGCUUCAUAUUAAAAUAAUUAGCGGGCAAAAUUUUCCUAAGCCCAAAGGAUCUGGUGCCAAAGGUGACGUGGUGGAUCCUUAUGUCUACGUUGAAAUACACGGAAUCCCCGCUGACUGUGCAGAGCAAAGGACGAAAACUAUGCAUCAGAAUGGAGAUAAUCCCAUUUUUGAUGAAAGCUUUGAAUUUCAAAUCAAUUUGCCAGAACUAGCAAUGGUGCGUUUCGUAGUCCUGGAUGAUGACUACAUUGGGGAUGAGUUUAUCGGGCAGUACACGAUUCCCUUUGAGUGUCUACAGACCGGUUAUCGGCACGUUCCUCUGCAGUCUUUAACUGGUGAAAUGUUAGCACAUGCUUCCUUGUUUGUGCACGUGGCCAUUACUAAUCGGAGGGGUGGUGGGAAACCUCAUAAGCGGGGCCUCUCUGUGAGGAAGGGCAAGAAAUCGAGGGAAUAUGCCUCUAUGAGAACGUUAUGGAUUAAAACGGUAGACGAAGUGUUCAAGAAUGCUCUCCAGCCCAUUCGAGACGCCACGGAUUUGAGAGAAAAUAUGCAGAACGCAGUAGUUUCAUUCAAAGAAUUAUGUGGCCUCUCUCCUGUAGCAAAUCUUAUGCAGUGCAUCUUGGCAGUGUCUAUGCGCUUGGUUGGGCCCGAUAAUACACCCUUGGUAGUACUGAAUCUCAAUGAUCAGUAUCCGACUAUGGAGCUCCAAGGCAUUGUUCCGGAGGUCUUGAAAAAGAUCGUAACGGCGUAUGACAUGAUGAUUCAGACCAUCAGGACUCUAGUUGAAAAUACAGAUAGCUUAUAUGAGAAGAUAGUACAGUGUCAGAAAGCAGCUAUGGAGUUCCAUGAAAACCUACACAACAUAGGAGCCAGAGAAGGUUUGAAAGAAAGAAAACUGCAGAAAUCUGUGGAAAGUUUUACAUGGAACAUUACAAUUUUAAAGGGACAAGCUGAUCUUCUCAAGUAUGCUAAAAACGAAGCACUGGAGAACCUGAAACAAAUCCAUUAUGCGACUCUUUCGUGCGGACUCAAUAAGCCAGGCACUGAAAACGCACAGAUCUCAAAGCCCCGCCGGAGCCUGGAGGUCAUACCUGAGAGAGCAGGUGAUGAAAACGGAGAAUGAGAGAACGCUGUUCUCGUAAAUAUGGAGUUUAUAACUCUCUGACCAAGUGUAGCUGCGCAGGACAUUUGCUUUUGCACUUAACUGUUGGGAAACGUUUGGAGUUUUUUAAAGCACAACUGGAGAAGCUAAUCACAAUCUUAUCGAAACUGUGAAUGUAUGUAGCAGCUCUGCUUGUGAAGCCAGCGCCGGUGUGCGACACGGAAACGGUGACGGUCUUGGCCAAAAUCUAGUCCAUAUAUGUAAAAGAUACUGUAAUUCAGUAACAGAGUGCUGAAAAGCUCGUUCUUGUGCCAUAGAGAAAUGAACAUUUUCAACUGAACUCUUAGCUAGAGGGAAAGCGGUGGGAAGGAUUUGACAAGGUUGUCAAACGAAUCGGCGGCGCAGCUCCUGUGUUUCUCUGCACAGUUAGUUGAUUGUGCUGGGGAGGUGAAUGAGUCUUGUGGAAAU